GGACGUGCAACGUGGAACGGUCGCCGUUGUUGUUGUUGUUCUUCGUCUUCUUCUUCUUCUCCUGUGUGUGGAUUGUGGAUUUAACGUCAAAACCAAUACGCAAUCGUUGUUGUUGUUGUUGUUGUCAAAACAGCCAGUGACGUCAGAGAGUGCCGACACAAAAAGAAGAAAAGAAAAAAAACAAAUACAAAUAAAAUAUAGACACAAUAUUAAGAAACAAGGAUUAUAAUAAUAAAUACGUUAUUAUGUCGGCGAACAAUGAGGCAGAGCCAGCGGCGGCAAUGGCAGCAGCAGCGCCCUCAGCAGCGGCAUCGGCUGCCUCCGCCUCGGAGUACCUGAAACGCACCUGCCUCAUCUGCGGCUGCCAAACAAAUCAGACGAUCAACAUCUAUGAGCCACGCUCCGGACCAAAUAUCGUACAGCUAAUCCAAGCCAAAUUCAAAUUUCAGCCGCUGAAUGAGGAUAAAUUCCUGUGCUUUAGCUGCAACAAUUGGCUCAUAAACUGGCACUCGCUGCAGGCGCUCAACAGCAACGAUGCCGAGAGUCCGAGUCGUAGUCAGAGUCCUUCGCAUCUGGGCAACAAUAGCAGCGCUGGCGCCUUGGUACAGCAACAGCAACCAAAGGAUCAACCAUUGAAGGCAGCCAAAUUGCGACCAGUGGCGCAAGUGCAUCCACAGCCACAGCCACAGCAGCAGCAACAGCAGCAGCAGGCACACAUCCAGCGCCCCUCCUCCCCGCCAGCUGCACAGUCUGCGCCCGCUAUGAGCUACAAUAAGCGAGGAUUCACUGCAUCCUCAGGCGCCGCCGGCUCCGGCGCCAUGCGCAAAAUGCUGCGUCAUUGCAGCAGCUGCAGUGCGCCGAUGGUGCUGCGUCUGCUCUCCCUCAAGCCGGCCCAGACGCUGGCGAAGCUGGCCACGCGCCGGAGUAACAGUCAGUGUCGGAGGUGCCGCGAGAGCGAGAUCAGCAAAUGGCGUCGCAUGCAUCGACGGAGUCUGCGCAAAGUGGCGCAAUUGCAGCGGGAGCUGAGCAAGCAAAUCCUGGCCAAGGAUCAGCAGCAGCAACAACAACAGGCAGCAAAACUAGUCAACUACCAAAGAUUGCCGGCGCCGCGUGUCGAUGGCAAAGUGGUGGCCAUGUUUCGUCGCUUGGGCACCACGCUCAGCAGCGAACAGGCGACCGCACCGGAAACGGAUGCGGAAGUGGAAGUGGAAAAACCCACCACGGUGCGUCCGUUGCGCAUCAUGAGUCCCGCCAAACAGCGUCCACGCUGGACACGCAAUCUGGACGAGGAUGAAAUACUCCUGGAAUUCGAUAGCGUCAUUACGGAAGUGCUGCCAGCGCCAGCAGCGCGUCGACGUCUGCGAUAUCAGCUUACCAGCAGCAGCAACAGCAGCAGCGAACAGCAGCAGGCGGCAACAGAAGCGGAAGCGGAUGUGGUGAGAAAGCACAAAGCAGUUACACACCACACAGCAGCAACAGCAACAGAAGCAACACUCUCAGGACUGCAAUUGCCCCAGGGACUGAGCAUUACCUUGAUCUGAAUCGGAAGUGGAAGCGGAAGCAACAAUAAAAAACACACACACACAGCAUAUAGUCAAAUUGAAAGCAAAAAAAAAACAAACAGAAAA